GUUGUGUAGUCCCCACGUAUUCCGAAGGUACCUUCGACCGACACUGCGUAGCACAUCCAGAUGCACAUAGUAUGCAAGUGAUGCAGGUUCACCGGGGUAUCAGGAUGACUAUCCACAUCGAAUCUCCAUAUUUCCCGUAGGCUGUGAUUUCACCCAGUCACAAUGCCAGGGAAUAAUCAAUUAUCAAACUACCCUUCACCGCAAGCCAUAAGGGCAUGUGUGCACUAUGUACUUCCUUACCGAGGUGAAGUCGCCGCCUUCCACCCUCGUUUCCCAGAAAGAAGUACUGCGGUCUGCAGAGAAGCGACCGGCCCAGUGGAUUUGAAUGCGCCCGACAUCAUCUACACUGCAGAAGAUGAUGAAGCGAUCGAAAAAUUUCACCGUGGCAACAGUAUGUCCUGAAUUCAUUUUCCCAUUCUUAAGGUAACAUACCUGAUCGAAUCCCAGUCCAAACGUCUUGGCACUCGCUCGGGACUUGUGCCAUGAAAUCAAGGGCAGAUCAAGGAGUCGUUGACGCUCGGCUAAAUGUGUAUGGUGUGACAAACCUGAAGGUUGCAGACUUAUCCAUCGUGCCGAAGAAUGUUGGUACGAACACUUAUUCGACGGCGCUCAUCAUUGGAGACAAGGCUGCGAUGAUCAUUGCUGAA